AUGGCCGAGCCGGGGCCGGAGCCAGGGCGCGCCUGGCGAGUGUUCGCCCUGUGUGGGGCCGCGGUGGUCCUGGCAGCGGUGGCGGCUGGAGCAGCCCUGCUGGCCUGGAAUCUGGCCGCCUCGGCCUCCCGGAGGCCUCGCUGCCCAGAGCCUGGGGCCAACACCACGGCGCCGCCUGGAGACCUGGAGCCCGAGGUCGAGGAACUUCGGCGCCGGCUGGCAGAGGCUGCCCAGCGCGAGGAGGCCCUGACCAGGCAGCUGAACCAGGCCGAGGGUGUCCGACAGGAGCUGGAGGAGGCCCUAAGGGACUGUGAGGGCCUCCAGGGUCGGCUUCAGACCCAACUGAUGACACUGAAGACUGAGAUGGACGAGGCCAAGGCUCAGGGGACCCAGAUGGGAGCUGAGAACGGGGCGCUGACAGAAGCCCUGGCGCGCUGGGAGGCGGCGGCCACGGAGUCUGCGCAGCGGCUGGACGCGGUGCAGCGGCGCGCGAGCGCGGCGGAGGCCGAGGGUGAAGCCUGCGCAGCCCGAGAGGCGGCGCUGCGCGAGCACGUUUACGCCCUGGAAGCCCAGACGGGCCCCCAGCGCAGAGUGCCACACCCCCGGACCCGCUCCGGGUCCCGACCUCGGCCCAGCCCCCGCUCGCGCUCUCGCCCGGGAACCUCCGGGGGUUGCAGGCGACCAGCGCGGCGCGCAAGAGGGUGAGUCAGACCCCAGCUGGAUCAGGGCUCGAGGCCAGGAGGACAGACACUGGGGGCCCUGCUGGGACACUUACAGAGGUACCCACGCUGGAUGAGAUGCUCAGUCGACACCCAGCAACGCUCAGCUUUCGACCGACAGCCUCCCUGAACGGAAACUGCAGAAAGAAGACCCGACCCUCUUUCCUUGACCAUCUAGUGCUUAUUUUGCAGAUGGGGAAAUUGAGGUCCAUUUGGUCACAAGGUGAGAUAGUGCAGAGCUAGGACUUAAGUCCCCUCUAAGGGCAAGGACAGUGUUGCCCUCAUCCCACAGACGUGAGGACUUAGGGUCCAGCCCUGACCUGGGAGUGACCUGAAGGGGUUACUUCUCUCUGGUCCUCAGUUUACUUUGCCUGUAAAAUGAGUGAUUGGAAUGGUGAGAGCCAGCAUAUCCUUGACACCAAAAGCUGACAAAAAUGGCACAAUAGGAAAACUACAGACCCCUCUCCCUAUGAAGAGGGUACAAAACUCCCAAAUGGAAUUUUAGCAGAGAACCAAGUAACACAUUUUUAAGAUACACCAUAACAAAGUGACUUAUGCCUGAGGUGCAGAGAUGGUUCAAUAUUUGGAAGUCUGGUAAUAAAAUUCGCCAUACUAAUGGAUCAAAUGAGAAAAAUUCUGAAAAGCUCAUCAAAAUAGCAACAAUUGCAUGUAAGUGAGCUUUUACGGUAUUUGUCUUUCUCAGCCUGACUUAUUUCAGUUAACAUAAUACCCUCUAGAUCCAUCCAUGUUGUUGAAAUGGCAAGAUGUCUUUUUUAUGAGAAUAUUAUGAGUAAUAUUCCAUUGUGUGU